AUGGCAGACGGCGAUGUGAGGAAGGGGACCGUGAAGUGGUUCAGCGACCAGAAAGGCUUUGGGUUCAUAACCCCCGAUGAUGGCGGCGAGGAUCUGUUCGUCCAUCAAUCGGCGAUCAAAUCCGAGGGUUUCCGUAGCCUGGCCGAGGGAUCCGCGGUCGAGUUCGUCGUCGAGCAGGGCAACGACGGCCGUGACAAGGCGGCGAACGUGACCGGGCCCGGCGGUGCGGCCGUACAGGGCAGCAACCGCGGCGGAUCUUACGGCGGCAGGGGCGGAGGUUACGAUGGGGGAAGAGGGGGAGGCGGCUACGAUGGAGGCAACAGGGGAGGCAGCGGCCGAUCUUAUGGCGGUGGUGGAUACGGCGGCGGAGGUGGGACGACGAUGAUGGCAUGGUGGUGUUCUGCUCAACGACGGAAAAAGGUCACCGGGAUGGAGCAGGACCUCCCGACAGUGAUGCGCAGCGAAGAUGGAGGCGCUGCGGUGGCCGAGGGGUGA